UCAACUGUCAAACUCGCUUCUGCUGACUAAAGCAAUACUGCGUAUUUCACAACUGUGAUCGAACACAGAAAUUGAAUAGUAAGAUUUUCACUGAUUUUUACUACAAAAGAACCAAAAAAAGUUCCGAAAUGUCGUACAAGAAGAUUGGCGAGUUGUAUUUGGCAUUGGCUGAACUGGAAAAUACCACGGGUGUCUUCAAUUGUGAACGCAAUGUCGCAGCCAUUGAUGAAUUGAAAAAGCGAAUCAAAUUGGAGAUUACAUCCUUUCAAACUAAUACAAAGCGAGUGAAGGAUUCUCAUGUGUUUGUCAAAACAAUGACUGGGGGAUGUUUGACAAUCAAAUGCUGUAGUGGCGUUGGAAUCGGUCUUAAAAUGAAACCCGUACUCUCCGAUACAGUCAAAAUGCUGAAACGAAAAAUUCGCAAAAUAGAAGGUAUUCCGGUCGAUCAACAACGUCUAAUUUUUGGGGAAAAACAACUCGAAGAUGACGCAACAUUGGCUGAAUGCGGUAUUCAAAGUGGAAGUACUAUACAUUUGGUUCUUAGACUUCGUGGUUGUUGAAUGUUGCAUGAGUUUCAAAAAUUAAAACAUUCAUUCGAACCGUAUUGUUUGACAAUUGAAACAUUAAUAAACUCCCAAUCAUAUUUAU